AUAUAUUUAUUAUAUAUACACAUAUUGUUAAUUAAAAUGGCUCAAAAGUUAGAUUUAAAACAGGCUAAAAAAGCUAUUGACGCUUUAUACAAAUAUAGAGAACAAAAUGUUUCCAGUAACAAUUUACUUGAAAGUGAUGAAGAAAAUGGUAUUUAUGUAGAAAUAUCAACUCAUAAAAUUAUGAACAAGUCUCAAAUAAAAAGAAAGAAGAUUCCUUUGCCUCAUUCUCCUUAUCCUGAAGAUAUUGAGAUCUGUUACAUUACUAAAGAUGACGAAAAAAGUAUAGAGGAGAAAGUUAAGAGCGGAAAUGUUACUUCAAUUAAAAAGGUUGUUAAUACUAGAACACUUGGUACUGUAUAUAAAGCAUAUGAAGCUAAAAGAAAGUUGUUGGCUUCUUAUGACUUGUUUAUGGUGGAUGACAGAAUCUCACACAUGGUGCUUAAUUUAAUUGGCAGUAAAUUUGUUCAAAGAAACAAAGUUCCUAUCGCUAUUAAAGGCAAUGGUUCAUUAAAACAUCAAGUUGAAAAGGCAUUACAAGCUACUUAUGUCAAGUUACAUAAUGGUCUUAUCACUCGUGUUUUAAUUGGUAAUUUUGGAAUGUCAAAGGAAGAAGUGUUAAAAAAUUAUGAAGUAGCUGUACCAGAAAUCGUCAAGAUUGCUGCACAUGAAUGGGAUCAAGUAGAGAUGAUCAGUGUUCACGGUCUUAAUUCACCAUUACUUCCUAUUUAUACAGCCCUCCCUAAACAAGAAAACGAAGAAAACAAAAAGGAAAAGAAGAAUAAUAAAAAAAUAGAACCAAAGAAGGAAGAGCAGCCUAAGAAGGAAGAAGAAGAGAAGAAGGAAACUAAAAAGAAUGAAAAGAAAGACAUAAAGGUCGAUAAGAAGAAGGUUAAGAAGGCCAUUGCUAAAUCUAAGAAAUUGUAAAUUCAAUGUGUUUUUUUUUUUUUUUAAAAAAAAUAAUGAAACUGUGUCUUAUAUAUAAAUAAAGAGAAAGCAAAAGAAAAGAUGUAA